UCAAGAGCAGCUGAUACAUCACAUUCACUCAGCACUCAUGUAAUGAUGCUCCCUGCACUCAGGAUGAUGCCAGAAGAUUUCCUUUAAGAAUCAUCCUGAUGGCGGCCGAACAUCUGCGUCUCGAGGCCCCGGCUGAGGCACACUGUGAGAUUAAUGUUGCUGGUUGUAUUGUCCAUUAGAAGGAGAGGUAAAAGGUUUGGAUCAAGAACUUCAUUCCACCUGAUCUCUUGAGGAGAUCAAUCAUACCCCUCAGAUUUCACUUCCCCUUCUAGGACAUCUGUCAUGAACUGGAACUGGCUGCAGGCCCUUAUCAGUGGGGUCAGCAAUUACUCCACAGUGUUCGGUCGGGUCUGGCUCUCAGUGGUCUUCAUCUUCCGGGUGAUGGUGUUUGUGGUGGCGGCUCAGCGGGUGUGGGCUGAUGAAAGGAAAGACUUUGAAUGCAACACUAGACAGCCAGGCUGCACCAACGUGUGCUAUGACCACUUCUUCCCCAUCUCCCACAUCAGUCUGUGGGCCCUGCAGCUCAUUUUCGUCACAUGCCCGUCACUGAUGGUUGUUGCCCAUGUCAAAUAUCGACAGAUGAAGGACUUAAAGUACACCACCACCCAUGAGGGUAAACACAUGUAUGCCCGCCCUGGGAAGAAACGUGGAGGGCUGUGGUGGACAUACCUGGUUAGCCUGAUUUUAAAGGCAAGUUUUGACGGUGCUUUCCUCUACAUCCUGUAUUACAUCCACGAAGGGUUCAACUUACCCCGUUUGUUAAAGUGUUCAAUGGAUCCUUGCCCGAACAUAGUGGACUGUUACGUAUCCCGCCCCACAGAGAAGAAAAUCUUCACUCUCUUCAUGGUGGUGUCCUCUGCUGUCUGCAUCUUGAUGUGUAUCUUUGAGAUGUUUUACUUCAUCUGCAAGAAAGUCAAGAAACGAAUCAUUGACAAAAUAGAUGAAGAGACUCGUGAGUUGAAGUCAUCGUCAACACCUCAUUCAAGGCACAAGUCUAGAUCAUCUUUGAGAGUGGAUCCAACAGUGUCUAACCAGAACCUGAAUAACAUCAAGACUGAGGAGACACCAACCACGAAAUAAGAACCAUGUUGCUCGGGCUACUCUGAAAAGCUAAUUGAAUACCUCCAGGUGCCACUGGAAGCAAAUGAAUCCCUCCUACUGCUUGCAAAACUGUUGCUCAUGGAAAACAAAAGAAGUACGCCGUGAUUUGUAAAUAUUACCAUGUUAAACAAAAUUCAGCAUGCAUCGACAGCAAAAUUGUGGGUCAAAGAGGAAGCUAUUUUUUGUGCAUGUAUUCUGUGUCUGUAUGAGUGUGUCUCUGUAUUCAUGCUUUUAUGUAGCCUGUCCAUCAUUAGCCAAUAGUAAAUUGUGACUG